CUUACAAGCUUAUCCAUGUCUGGACGCGGUAAGCAGGGCGGCAAGGCGCGCGCCAAGGCCAAGACGCGCUCGUCGCGGGCCGGGCUGCAGUUCCCCGUGGGCCGCGUGCACCGCCUGCUGCGCAAGGGCAACUACGCCGAACGGGUCGGCGCCGGCGCGCCCGUGUACCUGGCGGCCGUGCUGGAGUACCUGACGGCCGAGAUCCUGGAGCUGGCGGGCAACGCGGCGCGCGACAACAAGAAGACGCGCAUCAUCCCGCGCCACCUGCAGCUGGCCAUCCGCAACGACGAGGAGCUCAACAAGCUGCUGGGCAAGGUGACCAUCGCGCAGGGCGGCGUGCUGCCCAACAUCCAGGCCGUGCUGCUGCCCAAGAAGACCGAGAGCCACCACAAGGCCAAGGGCAAGUAAAAGCCUGUAGCAACUCCAACCACUUGAAACCAAAGGCUCUUUUCAGAGCCACCCAUCUUGGCACUGAAAGGGCUUGCAUAACCGUUACAGUACUUUCUCAGUCUACAAGUAGAUGGCAGUAUGAAAACACGGGGAAAUAGGAAAGUAUCCAGUGGAGAUUUACACCAUGAAGUUGCCAGUCAGCCCAGGAAAACGGACAC